CACGGUUUCAGCUUGAACAUAUUUGGUCACGUUACGAGUUUUGACCAAUAGCGUGCGAUAGAAAUUAAUUGAUGGAUUAUAAGAACGGGAUAUCGACAAGAGAGCCCGAUAUCAUCCUCUCUUGAUAUUGGCCAAGGCUUUUUUUCGUGGUUAUUAUUUUGCUUAUUUUACCUCCGUCAGCGGGCAAAAUAAACCAAACCCUGCUUUAUACGAUUAUUGGCUACCCGAGCGGGCUAAACGGUACUAGCUAUCUUGUCCGCUCGGGAUUACCCGCUAAGUCUUGAAAGAAAAUAGUAGUCUUUUUCCAUAAAAGAAAUCCUUUAUUGACCAAGCUUGUUCACUUUGGAUGGCUGGAUGCUGGCGUCUUUCUUUUUUUUCGUUCGAUAAACACGCAUAAAAGGAAAUGCACGCUUAGUUGAUAAAUAAUUUCCCUUGCCCCGUCCUGCUUUCGAACCAAGUCCUCCUCGGAACGACAGGUAUUCCUGAAGACGAAAGUCGGCUGCUGAGUCAUUGGCGUCAGCGUUGCUUCGGAACAUGGAGCUGUCAGUGGUAGUAUCCUUGCUACUGUUCUGUGGAACUUCGUUUGCAGAUCUUUCAACAGAGUACGACAGCAAGGCUACUUUGGAUGACGAUUCCAAGUAUAAUGUGUACUGGACGCACAACGCCACUUCAGACAUGAUGUACAUUGCAGUUGAAGUGAAAGCGACGGGCUGGGUGGCCUUGGCGUUUACCAAGGAGAAAAGCUCCAAUAUGAAAGGCUACGAUACGUGUCUUGGAUCUGUAGCUGGAGGCACUAGCGUGUUGAACGAUUACUUGACAGAUGGUCACAGGGUUCCUUCAUUAGAUUCCCAGAAUGACUGCCAACUGGAUGAAGCUAUGGAGAGUGGCGGGACCACAACGAUCAAAUACCACAGGAAGGUCGACACCGGUGAUUCAAAAGAUGUGGUCAUCGAGAAAGGAGAAAUCAUUCUUGUGUGGGCAUACAAAAACACUGAUGACUCCCUGUCAAGGCACAAUGAGAAGGGCUUUGCAUCAGUGACCAUGAUAAGCGCCAGUGAGGCAGUCAAACUGAGAAGCUUUUACUGGAAACUUGGGGUGGCAUCUCUGUCCAUUGCUGUGGCUUUCUUGUUUAAGUAAAUGUUACAAAGGGCACAGAACCUUUUUUUGUCAUGUUCAGCUUUGCUAUAAAAAAAGCUGAUAAGUGAAUUCUUGUUGUGUAUGUGUUUUUUUGUAUUAUUUGUACUAUAACCUUUGCAGCUAAAACUCGUCACAAGAAUGACUUUUGACUGACUGGUCAAUAAGGAUUAAGUGAACGUAGUAAAGGGACCUUUUCAUGCACUGUCCUACAGUGAUAGCUAACAAUGGACCUUUUUGACAAUGUCACACAGUUAAAGAUAGAUUUAGCCAUGCCUAAAAGCGUAGCUCCUGAUUACAAUAAGUUAACCUGGCUUGACCAAUACCUAGGCAGUGGCCGCACUUAAGCAAUGUUGACCAUGAAAAAAGAGUUGUAUGGUUUUUUAUUUGUAUGCAUGCUUCUGUUCCUAUAGUUAUGGUGCUCCGCUUAGUGGUCCUUUGUGCUGCCGAAGCUUAGCUCUGAGCAACUGUCAAAACAAAUCGUCAAUGACGUGACAUCGUCAAAAAGGAAAGGGAUUACUCCAGCAAAUCACUGCAGAAGUUUCACGUAAAACUAUUCAACCAUGCUUUCCUCAGAUUCCCGCAAGGGAUGUAUAGCGAACUGAAAGAAUUAUUACCAGUAUUCCAUAAUUUCUCACUUGAACAAACGGCCUUGGAGAUUGAAAGUGUAACUUUAAUUAAAAGAGCUCCCUAAAAGGGAUAUGAUGUUGAGAUUUGAUUUUAUAAAGUAAUUAGUUAGGACAGUUCGGCUAAAAAUCGCUUUUUUUUGGCUUUAUUUGUUGAGUAUACUUCUUUAGGAAAAUGUUUUGUAUUUACCACGUUUUAAUAAAGCUUUUUAUUGUGUUGCCCGUUCA